UCCUUGUUUAGCAAUUAUAUUAGCAGAGAAAAAAUUCGCGGGAAAAAUACCCGCUACCAAUCAGGUGAAGACGAAGAGGACAAGCAAAAGCGGCAGCGGCAGCAACAGCAAAUGAUUUGGUGAGAUCGAACCAUCAUCCGUGAGGUGCCCUGUCCCUUUUCCCUCACCUUCUCCUUCUCCUCCUCGUCUUCCCCUACCCUCGCCUCGCGCGCCUAUAGAUCUCUCUCCUCCAUUACACCUCACCGCCAAGCUCACGGAGUCGCAGUGACACCGCAGCUUCCAAUUCGUUCCAAGAACCACCCCGCCCCGCCUGCGGUGCGGAGCUCGUCCGUCCCCUGCGGCGCGCGGAGCAGAGCAGAGCAAUGUCUUCCAACGGCAAGCCCACCCCGCAGCCCCCGGCAGCGGCAGCGGCCGGCAACGGCGCCGGAGCGGGCGGCCCGCCCAAGAUGUACCAGCGGCCCAUCUACCGGCCACAGCAGGCGCCCGCGAAGCGCCGGCGCACUGGCGGGCGGUCCUGCCCGUUCAGCUGCUGCUGCUGCUUCUUCUGGACGGUGCUCGUCAUCCUCCUCCUCGCCUUCCUGGCCGCCGUGGUGGGCGGCGCCUUCUACCUCCUGUACCGCCCGCACCGCCCGGCGUUCACGCUGACCGUGGCGCGCGUGACGAAGCUGAGCCUGUCGUCGUCCGCCACGGCGCCCGCGCUGAGCGACGCCAUCGACGUGACGCUGACGGCCAAGAACCCCAACAAGAAGCUCGUCUACCUCUACGACGACUUCACCGUGACGGCCGCCACGGCCGCCAACGCCGUCCCGCUCGGCGAGGCGUCCGUGCCCGGGUUCACGGCCGACGCCGGCAACAUCACCGUCAUCAAGGCCACCGUCUCGGCGUCCGCGCUCACGGUCGAUCCCACCGCGGCGAGCUCCGACAUCAAGAAGUCCGGCGAGUUCCCCAUCACCGUGGACCUGGAGACCAAGGCCGGCGUCAGGGUGGGCGGGCUCAAGACCAAGAAGAUUGGCAUCCAGGUGCACUGCGACGGCGUCAAGGUGGCCGCGCCCGCGGCCCCGCCCGCGGCGCCGGCCGCCAAGAAAAAGAAGCUAGGGAAGGCCACGGCGGCGGCCGACGCUCCGGCCCCCGCGGCGGCGGCGGAAGCGCCGGCACCUGUGUCCGCCGUCGACGACGCGCCGGCGCCGCCCGCCGCGGCGACCACCGUGGCGCGCGUGUGCGAGGUCAGGAUCCGGGUCAAGAUCUGGAAGUGGACCUUCUAGUCACGUCGCCAGCCUCCGAGGGGCCGCAUUGCAAAAUUUUUCGGGUUAAAAAAAAAAGGGGAAAAGUGGCUUUGCUUUUCACGUCGGAUGAAGUUUCUCCAGUCCAGUAGGAAACCCAAGGAAGCAGAAUCGAAUCAAACGCCGGCCGCUGUAAAUUUUUCGUGUUUGAAAUUUUACCAAAUUUGGCGGGGGAGGUCGGGGUCGGAGGAGGCGACGAGCUGAAAGUCAGUGAAAGGAGGAGGCUAUGCAUUCUGUUCUGCAGUGUGAGGCUUGAACGAUUUGUUCUCUUCUCUUUUAUUUUUUGUAGUGCCAUUUUUUUUUAUUUUACAUUCAUCUUCUUGUUGGUAGUGCAAGUACGAUUUGGUGGUUUGUUACUUUUAACCAUGUAAUCCAAAGCAUCCGAAUGUAUAAUUUGUAGUGACAUGCAAUGUAGUACUGUACUCUCCCCAUUUU